CCCUUUGGAGUUUGGAGGUUCUCCAGCACCAGGUUGGUUCUUGAGGCCUGAAGGCUGUUGGCAUUAAGGUGUUUUUAUUGGAUCUCUACUGACAUUAUUCAUCAUCUCACUGGUGGAGGUGAUAAAGAGUCGUCCGCUCUUCUUCACUCCAGUUUUGCAACACCAGUUGGCACGCCAGAGCAAAGUCAAAGUGCCAUAAAGAGACAUACGUGUGUGUGUACGAGGGGAAUGACGCCCGUUUCCUUAUUCCCAGCCUCGUUCUUGGAAGCUGCUGGCUGUGAUUAGGUGCCAUCCUCAGAUACAGAGCCUCAGAGCUGAUGGCUCUUCCUUAAUGGAAAUUCAAGGAGAACUUGAACUAAUAUGAUGAACGUUUGCUAGUUUUAUCUGUAAAUUUGAUGUUCAUUAUAAUUAUUUUGGGUUAUUAUUUGAGUUUUAUAUAUUUUUCCAAGGAUAAAUAUUGACCACAUCUUGUUCCGGUAGCGGAGGACUGUAGAAGGUGUCGUCUUGAUGGUGGUGCUGAGUAAGGGGGAUUAUGUCUGGGUGGACUCCAGUAUUGGGGUCCCGAUCGGAGCCCGGGUUAAAGUCACAGAUGGAGAAGAGCUGCGUCUGCUUGAUGAUGAAGGGAAGGAGCUGCGUGUAUCUGAGGUUCAGCGAGCCUCCAUCAGACACAUGCACCCCACCUCUGUGGAGGGAGUGGAUGACAUGAUUAAACUGGGGGAUCUGACUGAAGCUGGAGUCCUGAGGAACUUACUGGUCCGCCACAAACAGGGCAUCAUCUACACCUACAUUGGCUCGGUUCUAGUGGCGGUGAACCCGUAUCAGCUGCUGCCCAUCUAUACAGCGGAGCAGGUCCGGCUGUACCACGGGCGCAAGCUGGGAGAACUACCCCCCCACGUCUUCGCCAUUGCAGACAAGUGCUACUACAACCUGCUGCGCAACCAGCGCAACCAGUGCUGCGUCAUCAGUGGAGAGUCUGGAGCUGGAAAGACUGAGAGCACUAAGCUGAUCCUGCAGUUUCUGGCAGCGGUGAGCGGUCAGCACUCAUGGAUUGAGCAGCAGAUCCUGCAGGCCAACCCUGUUCUAGAAGCUUUCGGGAAUGCUAAAACGACCCGUAAUGAUAACUCAAGCCGCUUCGGGAAAUAUGUGGAGAUUUUCUUCAAUAAAGACGGCAUUAUUGAAGGAGCUCACAUUGAGCAGUACCUGCUGGAGAAGUCUCGCGUGUGCCACCAGGCCCCAAUGGAAAGGAACUACCACAUCUUCUACUGCCUUUUAUCUGGGAUGGCAAAGGAGCAGAAGAACAUCCUGGCACUGGGGGACGCCACACAGUUCAACUACUUGACUGAGGGGGACUGCAUCACGUGUGAUGGGCAGGACGAUGCAGAUGAGUUUGGGCGGAUCCGUACGGCUCUGAAGGUUCUGACCUUCACUGAUCGGGAGAGCUGGGAGAUAUUCUGUUUACUGGCUGCUAUUCUGCACCUGGGCAACAUCAGCUUUGAAGCCGGUGUAGAAAAUAACAUGGAAAGCUGUGAUGUGAUGUCAUCUGAUCAUUUCACAAUCGCUGCCAAGUUAUUGGAGGUUGAUAAGUUGACUCUGGACUUGAGUCUUACUCAUCGCUCUUUCGUAACGAACCGUGAGCGACUGACGAAGCCCCUCAGCUCUGAGCAGGCCAUCGACUGCAGGGACGCUCUGGCCAAGGCUAUCUACAGCAGACUGUUUAUGUGGAUUUUUGGGAAAAUUAACAGCGCCAUCCAUAAACACACAGCGGAAAACUCCUACACCUACAAAUCCAUCGGUCUGCUCGACAUUUUUGGCUUUGAGAAUUUUGACAAGAACAGUUUUGAGCAGAUGUGCAUUAACUACGCUAACGAGCAGCUGCAGCAGUUCUUCGUGGAGCACAUCUUUAAACUGGAGCAGGAGGAGUAUCUGAAGGAGGGCAUCAAAUGGAAAAACAUCAACUUUACAGACAACCAGCUCACCAUCGACCUGCUGGCUGUAAAACCCCUCAACAUCCUGUCACUGAUCGACGAGGAGUCCCACUUCCCCAAGGGCACAGACAAAACACUGCUGGACAAAAUUAAAGAAAACCACAAAAGAAGCAAAAUCAUGGUUCCCUCCAGAAACAUCCACAGCAUGCAGUUUGGUAUUAAGCACUUUGCUGGAGUGGUCUUCUACGACUGCAGUGGGUUUCUGGAGAAGAACAGGGAUGCCCUCAGUUUAGACAUCAUCAGCCUCAUCCAGAAAUCCUCCAGCAAACUUCUCCGACUGAUCUUCCAGUCAGAGCUGAACGCCUCUGUAUCCAGACCUGCUAAAAACAACAACAGCAGAGUCCUGGUCAACUCAAAACGCUCAUUACAGCAGGGAAAUGAUCGGAGGCAGAUCUCCACUCUGAGUGGUCAGUUCAGACACUCGCUGGACUCGCUGAUGAAAGCUCUUUCUCUGUGUGAGCCGUUCUUCAUCCGCUGCUUCAAACCCAAUGACAGCAAGCAGUCCAAUGAGUUUGAUAGGAAGCUGUGUAUACAGCAGCUGAGAUACUCCGGGUUGCUGGAGACCAUCAAAAUACGCAAGUUAGGAUAUCCCAUCCGCCACAGAUUCACAGAGUUCCUGGGUCGUUACCGAGUUUUGCUGAAGACCACAGACUGCGACCCAAACACAGAGCCUGCAGCAGACUGCUGUGAUGCUAUCUGCAGAGCGGUGAUUAAGGAUGAAGAUGAUUGGAGGAUCGGCAAGACAAAAAUCUUCCUAAGGGAUUACCACGACUCCUUCCUGGAGCUGGAGAGAGAGCGAGAGCUGAACAGGAAAGCUCUUAUCAUCCAGAGAGUGUUGCUGGGCCACAGAGACAGGAAGACUUUUAUAAAGAAGAAGAGUGCAGCUCUGACGCUGCAGAAACACUGGCGAGGUCACAGAGAUCGCAAACAGAUAGAGAAACUCCUGCAGGGUUUUCUCCGGCUCCAGGCCACGGUGCACGGCCGGCAGGACGUCCUGCAGUUUCAGCGCACGCGGGGUGCUGUGGUCACCCUGCAAUCACAAACUCGUGGUUUCCUGUCUAGGAAAGAGCUGAAGUGUAAACAGGCCGCUGUCAUUGUGCUGCAGUCGCACACCAGAGGACUACUGGCCAGGAAACAAGUCCGGCGACUGAGGGAUGAUGCGGUCCUGUCCGCUCAGGAGAAAGAGGCUCAGGAACUGGCUGAUCUGGAGCGGCAGAGGAGACUGGAGGAGGUGCUCAGCCAAUCACAGGAGGAGGACACUAAAACUACUAAAUCAGAGGCCAGCGAUGAGGAAAUUGAGGGCAUCUUCGGGUUCCUGCCCAAAGUAGUUGGAGGACAGGAGGGUCCGGCGCCAGAGGGCUUUGAGGAUCUAGAAGGAGAACUGGUGGAGCUGAAGGAGGUGCAGCUCAAUGAGAACAAGGAGGAAGAGGAGGAGGAGGAGAAGAAGGAGGAGAAGGGGAACAUGGUGAAGAUCGUGGUGACUCCAGCUGAUGAGAUUGUGUCGUCUGCAUCACCGUCAGAGAAGGAGGAGGAGGAAGAGGAGGAGGAUGAUGAGGAGGAUGAAUUUUCAUUCUCUAAGUUUUCUGCUCUGCAUUUCCAGGGCUCAGCUACACACACUCACAUCGAUCGAAGACUUCAGCAGCCUCUGAUCCACCAUGAGGACGAGGGAGACACACUGGCAUGUGUGACAGUAUGGUGGAUCAUACUGAGGUUUAUGGGAGAUAUUCCUGAGCCUAAACAGGCUCGUCUGUCUGUGGUUGCUGAUACUAUCCAGAAGAAUUUGGGCAUGAGGCAAGCAAGGCGUCUCAGUAACCUGGUUGGAGUAGAUGAGAAAUUUCUGCGGAAAAAGGCCAAACAGCAGGGAAAAGAAAAUGGGAAAAGAAAACACUCAACAAUUCCUGAGGAGUUAACAGUGGAACCCCCUGAGCUGGAUUUCAGAGAGGAGGAUGAUGUUAUGAUUGGAGAGGGACCUACCUUUGAUCGUCCAAUGACACCUUUGGAAAAAUUGCACACCAUUGUAGGAUAUGCCAUCGUCAAACCAGACAUUAGAGAUGAGAUCUACUGUCAGAUCUGCAAGCAGCUGACUAAAAACCCAAAUCCAAAAAGCUGUAGCAGAGGCUGGGUCCUUCUGUCCAUCUGCCUGGGCAUCUUUCCUCCCACUGAGCUCUUCACAAAGUACCUGGAGAAUUUUAUCCGAAGGGGGCGGAGUGAAUAUUCUGCUAACUGUGCCGAACGCCUCCAGCGCACUUUAAGAAACGGGGAGAGAAAUGAGCCACCGUGCUGGAUCGAAUUAAGGGCUGUGGAGAAGAACGAACACAUGGUGGUGGUCGUGACCCUGAUGGACGGCCAGACCCUCAGCCUGCCUGUAGACUCAGCCUGCACCUCGGCCGAGCUGUGCCAGUCCAUCGCCCAGAAAACCAACCUGAAGGACACUUUCGGCUUCUCCCUCUACAUUGCCCUCUACGAGAAGAUAUGGUCUCUGGGCUGUGGUGGAGAGCACAUUUUGGACGCCAUCUCUCAGUGUGAGCAGGAGGAGAGGAGGCAGGGCAGGGAGGAGCAGCACUCACCCUGGAGACUCUACUUUCGCAAGGAGCUCUUCACCCCCUGGCACGACUGCACCACCGACCCCUUCAGCACGGAGCUUAUCUACAGGCAGCUCAUCCACGGCCUCAAGAAUGGAGACUACCAGUCUGAUAAGGAGGAUGAUUAUGUGCAACUGGCAGCAAAGCACUAUUACAUCCAGUACGGCUCAGAGAGCAGCGUGGAGACUGCCAGGAAAGUAGUGCGGGAGUGUAUGAGCCUGAGUCUGAUAGAGAGCAAGUCUGAGGGCAAACUGGUUCAGCUGGUCAAGUCAGCCCAUGCACAGGGAGCGUAUGUAAACUCUAGGGACAGCGCUGAUGCAGUGAAAGCGGACAUGGUCGCUUAUGCCCGUCUGAAGUGGCCGCUUUACUUUUCUAGAUUCUUCGAGGCCUCUCAGAUUUCAGGUCCUCCAUUGCCAGAAGACCAGUUUGUGGUUGCUGUCAACUGGAGUGGUGUCUCCUUUCAGGCAGGAAAAGACAGAACGUUCCUGCAGCUCUCCUACCCUGAACUAACAGGAGUCCAGAUACUCAGUGAGGGCAGGACAGGUGAGGUGGUGUGCAUGUCCACUCUGAGGGGUGAGUAUAAGCUGAAGGCAGUGAAGGCACACAGCAUGGUAGAGCUGAUCACUAUCUUCCUCGAGGGGUUAAAGGAACGCUCAGUCUAUGCCGUGACCAUGCAGGACAUCACCCGACAAGAUGAUGCAACAUAUUUGAGCUGUAAAAAGGGAGAUCUUCUCUGCAUUAUUAAUGAUGGCGAGUACUCUAAAGACGGAGGCUGGAUUAAAGGACAGAAUGAAAGAACUGGCCAAAGCGGAGCCGUUUCUACAGAUGCAAUCAUGAUCCUGCCGACCAUGAGCCGACCCUCUGAUGAAAUACUGACUCUUUUGAGCCCAGGCCCAAAGAAAUCUGUGCAGGUCAACCCAGUACUGAAGGAUGAGGUGAACGUGGACAGAGUGGCUCUUGUUUCUCUCAAAGAGUAUUCUACUGAGUUUUUCAGGGAGGCGAAUAGAGAUGCUGGCAAACAUGGGAAAGGGGGCAAAGAGAAACUGUGGGCAAAAGCCAAAGAACCACUCAAACAUCCACUACUAAAGAGUCUACAGAACAAUUCAGAGCUCAGCCAGCUGGCCUGCCUGUGCUUUUCUGCUAUCCUUAAAUAUAUGGGUGACUACCCCAUUAAGAACUUGCGCACCCCAAUAGAGCUCACAGACCAGAUAUAUGGUCCAGCCUUGGAGCAUCCUGAACUGAGAGAUGAGGUGUACUGUCAGAUCAUGAAGCAGAUGACCAGCAACAACAACGGGAUAAGUCUGGAGCGAGGCUGGCAGCUCUUAUGGCUCUGCUGUGGGCUCUUUCCCCCGAGUCAGGGCUUACUAAAACAUGCUCAGAAGUUCCUCAACUCUAGAUCCAGAGAGCCGCUGUCUGCUGCCUGCCUGCAGAGGAUGCAGGGCAUGCUCAGAAUUGAAGCCAGGAAAUUUCCUCCUCACCAGGUUGAAGUAGACGCCAUUCAGCAGAACAGCUCUCAGAUCUUCCACAAAGUUCAUUUCCCUAACGACACAAGAGAGAUAUUUGAGGUCACCACCACUACAAGGAUCCGGGAUCUCUGUCGCAACAUCGCCAAUUAUCACUCGCUCUCGUCUGCAGACGGAUACAGCCUCUUCGUCAAAACCGCUAACAAGGUAGUGGGCAUGAAUGAGCAGCAGUACUUUUUCGACAACCUGAAGCAGUACACAGAUGCUCCCAAGAAAGGAAAGAAAAGCAAAGAGGGAACUUCAGCAGUUCUUCCAUAUCUUGUUCUGUUCAUGAGGAAGCUCUGGUUUAAUGUGAUGCCUGGGAAGGACAUUACAGCUGACCUGGUCUUUCAUUUCCCCCAGGAGCUGCCGAAGUAUCUGCGUGGAUACCACACUGUGUCUAAAGAGGAGAUGGUAAACUUGGCCGGGCUGCUCUUCAGGGUGAAGGUGGACACUGACCGCUCUCAGUUCGUCAUGAUUCCUAAAAUGCUGAAGGACUUGGUGCCAGCGGAUCAGCUGAAGAUCAUGUCUUCUGAUGACUGGAAGAAGCACAUCAUUAACGCUUACAACAAACAGGCCGGCAUCACUGUGGACGAGGCUAAAGUCAGCUUUCUGAGGACGAUCUCUGUAUGGCCCACUUUCGGCUGUGCUUUCUUCGAAGUGAAGCAAACUUCCGAGCGCAGUUACCCCAGUAUUAUACAGAUUGCAAUCAGCAAACAAGGACUGACCCUCAGUGACCCUAAAAAUAAGGAGGUGCUGGUGAUGUAUCCUUUCAGUAAAAUCACCAACUGGUCCAGCGGCAACACUUACUUUCACAUGACCAUCGGCAGCCUAGUGAAGGGAAACACUCUGCUCUGUGAAACGUCCCUGGGGUAUAAAAUAGACGACCUGCUGAACUCUUAUGUGAACAUGUAUCUGGACGAGAGGACCAAUGUGAGGCCCAGAAACCAGCUGCCGGACACCUCCAGAAUUCAGUACAGACAGAUGCCGUUCAUAUUUAACUGAUGAGGUAUUUCAGUCAGACUAUAAUAUAUCAUUUAAAGACCUCCCAUCCAUCAGAAACCUUCAGAAUGUCAGUAAAUAUUACAGGGUGUCUGAGGAACCUUUAAAAUGGCUUUAAUUAAUCCAUCUUUCAGAGGUCUUAAAAAAGCCACAGACAGUAAAAACAGACAGUCAUUUUUUCACAUUGCAUUCAGCAGUUUCCACAUUCCAUAUGCCAUUAUCUGGUUUGAGCUAGCAGAGACGGUACUCUAAUUUUACAAAAAAAAUCAAAAACAUGAACAGUUCCAUUUUUUUCAACUUUUCUUCAGUAAAAACAAAAAUCACAAACUCACAGAAAGUCUAUACACUCAAUAUUGAUUCAGAGCUUUUGUCUAUUUGUGUAAAUGGCUUUAAUUUAGUUUUUUGGUGGUCGCUGACUUGUCCGUGGUCCAGGCUAGCUCUCUUUAUCAGACGCUGGUCGUCGUAUAUAUAUAUACAUAUAUAUAUAUAUAUAUAUGUAUAUAUAUAUAUAUAUAUAUAGGUAUAUAUAUAUGGAAAUAUCACCUGUCUGGAACUGUUCUGAUCCACAAGCCUCACUCACAUUCCCAACCUUCAUUAAUCAGUGCAGUGACACAACGUAGCCUAACGCUUCCCUCCACUCCACACACCUUUAUACCGAGUGUCGUCAGGUUGUGGAAUGCAGGUUAGUCGUGAACAGCAGAUCACAGACUGAUAAGAGAGAUGCACUGCAGUGUUUAGUGAUGACACAUUCACUUUAAUUAACCCUUUAACAUUUUACAUUCCUUACUGACGUAUUAAAUGUUUAAUAUUUAUUACCUGUUGACUGUUAUAAAUCAAUUGAAGUGUGCACUCAUUUUAAAUGAUUAAUUGAUGUUCGGUUUAUUUUUGAUUAAUUACUUAUUAGACUAAUUUAAAACGUCAUCUGUCUGUUUGUCUUUUCUGUUUAAACUAUUUCUAUGCUACUUUUUGUCUUACUUUUGAAUAGCAUGUAAAAAUAUGUGUAUUAUUAAAUAAAACUUACCUGAUUCUAAUCUCA